CUGAGCCCGCGGCUUUGUCAGCUCCUCUCCGCAGCUGCCAGACAGACACAGGCACCGAGGAGGCUCCAGCCCCGGCGGCCCCUGCGACCACCCAGCCGCUCCCGCCGGCCUCGGCGCCCGCCCCCGCCUGCAGGCCGCCCCGGCAGUGGCCGGCCUGCCCUGGGCUCCCCCAGCCACAUCCUGCCGCGCGGCUGCUCGUUUCCUCUCCGGGAGCCCCGCGGACCCGCUGGCCUCAAACCUGCCGAGCAGGGCCCAGACUGCAGCGGCCGCCCGGAGAACGAGAGGCCCGGCUGGACGCGGCAACAGGACACCCUAGGUCAGCCCGUCCACCCCUGCAGGGUGCCUGGUGAGCACUGAAGAUGGAGCCCCCUGGGGGUGCCUCCCCCUGCCCAGGCCCUGAGGCCUCGGUGGGGGUGUCUGACGCGGAGCCCAGCAGCACCUCCCGGGAGCUGCCCAGCACAGACCCGGGGAAGCUCCCGGCUCUGCCCGUGGGACCCAGAGCCCGCCCAGGGUCUCCUGCGUCCGGGCCCCCGAGCAGCCAGGCCCCCGCGGGAGACACGGACCCCAAGGGGCAGCUGAGUGGCGGCAGGAAGGUCCCUAACCGGGACAGCGGCAUCGACAGCCCGUCCUGCAGCGUGGCUGGGGAGCCGUUCCCGGGCCAGGAGGGCGGCCCCCCGGGCGAGGGCAGUGGCGAGGAGCCUGCCCCCGAGGCCAGCGGCCCCCGGGCCCACACGCCCGACGAGGCAGAGCUGGCCAAGUGCUCAGAGCCUCGACAGUUGCUCCACAUCGCUCAGGAGCUGCUCAGCACCGAGGAGACGUACGUGAAGCGGCUACACCUGCUAGACCAGGUGUUCUGCACCAGGCUGGCGGCGGCGGGCAUCUCUCCGGAAGUGACCACAGGCAUCUUCUCGAACAUCUCCUCCAUCUACCGUUUCCACGGACAGUUCCUCCUGCCUGAGCUACAGCUGCGCAUCCUGCAGGAGUGGGACACGAAGCCCCGACUGGGGGACAUCCUGCAGAAGCUGGCCCCGUUCCUCAAGAUGUACGGCGAGUAUGUGAAGAACUUCGACAGGGCCGUGGAGCUGGUGAGCACCUGGACGCAGCGCUCGCCCCUGUUCAAGGACGUCGUGCAGGGGAUCCAGAAGCAGGAGGUGUGUGGGAGCCUGACGCUGCAGCACCACAUGCUGGAGCCCGUGCAGAGGGUGCCUCGCUACGAGCUCCUGCUUAAGGACUAUCUGAAGAGACUCCCAGCCGACGCUCCGGACCGCAAAGACGCUGAGAGGUCCCUGGAGCUCAUCUCCACGGCUGCCAACCACUCCAACGCAGCCAUCCGCAAAAUGGAGAAAAUGCACAAACUUUUGGAGGUGUACGAGAGACUGGGAGGGGAAGAGGACAUUGUCAACCCGGCCAAUGAGCUGAUCAAAGAGGGCCCCAUCCAGAAGCUGUCAGCUAAGAAUGGUACCACCCAGGACCGGCACCUCUUCCUAUUCAACAGCAUGAUCCUUUACUGUGUGCCCAAAUUGCGACUCAUGGGCCAGAAGUUCAGUGUCCGGGAGAAGAUGGACAUUUCCGACCUGCAGGUGCAGGACGUGGCCAAACGCAGCGCAGCCCACACAUUCGUCAUCACUGGGAAGAAGCGGUCUCUGGAGCUGCAGAGCCGGACAGAAGAGGAGAAGAAAGACUGGAUUCAGGUCAUCGAAGCCACCAUCGAGAAGCACAAACAGAACAGUCAGAGCUUCAAGGCAUUUGGCAGCUCUCUGGGCCUGGAUGAGAACCCCUCAGUGCCUGCAGACCCCCUGACGCUGGGCGCCAACCCCGAGGAGCCUGCAGUGGUGGCCGAUGGAGGAGGAGGUGCUGUAGGGCCCGAGCUGAGGAGAGGGUCCUCUAAGACCAGGCGUGACAGGGAGAGGCAGGGCUGCAGAAUCUGCGGCGACAGCUUCAACUCCAUCACCAGGCGGAGGCACCACUGCAAGCCAUGCGGGGCGGUCAUCUGCGGGAAGUGCUCUGAGUUCAAGACCGAGCACGGCAGGCAGAGCCGCUUCUGUCGAGACUGUUUCCUGACCCAGCCGGUGGCUCCUGCCAGCCCCAGUCCCGAGGAGCCCACUGGGCCCAAGCCCGGUGUGGAGGAGCUGAGUCCCGCAGACCCCCAGCCCAGCCUGCUGUGCGGCGCUUUGCGGGUGUCGGAGGACUGUGUGGCGUGGACUGAGGUGUGGGCCUCCAUCCCCGCGGCCGAGCCCCCGGAGCUGCUGCUGUGCCUGAAAGGAAGUGGCCGGGCCGACUGGCUGCCCUUGGCUAUUGCCCUCCCUGGCUGCCAGGUGAGCCCCGUGGGCAGCGUGGAGAGGCUGGACGCUGGACACGCCUGGACGCUGCAGCAGGCCCAGCGGGUCUGGUACCUGAGCGUGCCGUCAGAGGAGCUGCGUCAGCGCUGGCUGGAGGCCCUGAGCACCGCGGCCCACGGGGACCCCGCCCCGCCCCACCCCGGGGACCCCGCCCAGGCCCCUGCUGCGCCCUGAGCUGCCCUGGCCACAUCUCUGUCCUGAGGCCGCCGUGUCCUGUGCUCCUCUGCAAGGUGACAGCGGAGGCCGUGCCGGGGGAAGAACAGUGGACGCCGAGGGGUCGCUCAGACCAGAUGGCGCCCAGCCCUGGACAGUCCCUGAGUGGCGAGGAGGACGAGGCCCGAGAGGGCAGCCUCCGCACGGCGCCCGCGUCUGCGGGAGAACUCACGGUGCCUUUGCCUGCGCUGCCCCCCUGGCCGAGGGGGCAGAGGGAGAGCAGGUGACCGUCCGGGUCAUCCGGCCCUGCGGAAUCCCCCGGGGCACGAGACUGGAGAACAGUGGCCGUGCAGACUGGGCUCUGCGCUGUCUCGGGGGGCUCCCGCCCACCCGCUGCACGAGCUGGACUGUGGGCAACAGGACCGCUCCCGGUUGCUGGGGCCCUCCCUGAGCCCUGGGCUCUGUGGCCGAGCUUGUUUUUUUUUUUUUUUUUUUUUUUCUUUUUGGGUCACACCUGGCGAUGCACAGGGGUUACUCCUGGUUCUACACUCAGGAAUUACUCCUGGCGGUGCUCAGGGGACCAUAUGGGAUGCUGGGAUUCGAACCCGGGUCGGCCGCGUGCAAGGCAAACGCCCUACCCGCUGUGCUAUCGCUCCAGCCCCUGUGGCCGAGCUUGAACGUGGCUGGGCCUGGUGCUUCGGGCUUGGAGUGACCGUGUGGAGGAACCCCUCGGGCACCCUGGCUUUGUGGGGGCUGAGACUGCUCUCUGGGGGCCCGCCCGGGUGCUCAUCUGCAUAAAGAGAUGCCACAGUUGUCGUGUUGCACCAGGAGCUCAGGGAGGUGUGGGGGGGCCUGGUUGGCCGCCAGCACCCCAUUAACCCCACCUCCGCGUGGGGGGUGUCAGGCAGGCUGGGGGAGGGGCGGCUCUGCAGGGGGUCCUUCUGUCCCUGGAGCAGGCCCGUGGGACUCAGGGCGCUGGCACCCAAAGACGUGAGAAAACACACACUUAAGACACUUACGGACCACCAGCUCUCAUCCCCCAGGGCCCCUCAGCCUGCCCCCACCCUGCCUUGUGUGGGGACUUCUGCCCGGGCAGUGUGGGUCACGCCUGGGGUGGGGACAGGGAUGCUCCUGCCCGUCCAGCCUCUGCACCUGCACCGCCAGUGCCUGCCCUGCUCAGAGCACUGCGACAGCAGCGCCCCUCACACAGGACACACUCCCGGGCCCUGCGACGUGCCCCCAGCCGAGGUCCCUGGGCCUGUGUCUCCUCUCCUGGUACCGAGGUACGGGAGAAGCACCUGCCGCAGGCGGCCCCGCCCCUCCCCCACCUCCGGGGACUUCCUAGUCCUGGUCACCAUGCAGAUGUUCCUGAAGAGGCUGAGCCCAUCAGAUGGCGUGGCGCCAAGGUCUCAGCUCCAGGCUGGGUGCUGGCGCCCCCAACGUGGGUCCGCACCCCCGGCCCUCGCCCUGUCCACUGUCAGUGUCUGCUGGGGACCUGCCAAGGUCUGAGGCGGGGUGCAGUGAGGAUUAAGGAAACAAGACAUGGGGACAGGGCAGUAGGACAGCCAGGAAGGCGCUUGCCUCCAUGCAGUCGACCCGGAUUCGAUCCCCGGCAUCCCACAUGUUCCCCUGAGCACUGCCAGGAAUCAUUUCUGAGUGCAGAACCAAGAAUAAUUCUUGAGCAUUGCUGGAUGUAGCCCAAAAACAAACAAAAAUGUAAAAAAGAAAAAGAAAACAAGAUGUAAGAGAGAAAAGCAUGGGGUUAGGGUGCUCACGGUCUCAGACCGAAGCCCCCUACCCCAUCACACUCCAUAUUUGUUUGAGCGGGCACCAGUAACGCCUCACAUUGAGAAACUUAUUGUUACUGUUUUUGGCAUAUUCAAUAUCUAUAUAUAUAUACAUAUAUAGAUAUAUAUCUUCCAUUAAGUAGUGCAAUCAUUCUGUCUGCCCCUCUCUCUCUGACUCAUUUCACUCAGCAUAAUGAUCUCCAUGUCCAUUCAUUUACAAGUAAAUUUCACUACUUCAUUUUUCCUGGUGUCUGCAUAAUAUUCCAUUGUGUAGAUGUGCCGUAGUUUCUUUUUCUUUUUUGGCUUUUUGGGUCACACCUGGUGAUGCACAGGGGUUACUCCUGGCUCUGUACUCAGGAAUUUCUCCUGGCCAUGCUCAGGGGACCAUAUGGAAUGCUGGGAAUCGAACCCAGGUUGGCCGCAUGCAAGGCAAAUGCCCUGCCCACUGUGCUAUCACUCUAGCCCCGAUGUACCAUAGUUUCUUUAUCCAGCUUCUGCAUCUCAAAAUAAAUGGUGACCAAGAUACAAAAACAGUCCACAAAAUAGGAAAAUUUAUUUACCCAAUACCUAUCUGAACUAACCCAUUGGUUAAUAUCAAAGACAUGUAAGGCACUGGUAGAACUUUACAAGGAAAAAAACCCAAUCCCAUUGAAAAAUGGGGAGAAGAAAUAAACAAGCAAAACUUUCUCAAAGAAUAAAUAAAAAUAGUCAAAAAACACAUGAAAAAGUGCUCUACAUUGCU